CACUUGCUCUGCCCUUUCAAUGAACACAGGAGAAAAGCUCCUUCUCCCGGGAGCCGGAAGGAAACCGCGCGGCAGAAAGAAAAGUUACUCGCUUUAACAUCGCCCCAAACUAUCGCAGGCAGGGAAUCGAUUCAAGUCUCACGCCAGAAAAAGGCGUCAUUAAAAGGCAGAGAAGAAACUCCUCUCUCGGAGGAGAUGCACAGAGGAAGCCAGCAACAAGUGCCGGCCCUCGGGCGCCCCGGGGAGCUGGAGCUGGCACCGGCUCUGGCUCAGCCUGCGGUGGCUCCUCUCCCUCCCUCUUUGGCACACAUGUAACACGAAACUUCGCAUCUCCACGACAACCAGCAACAAAAAAAAAAAAAAAAAGAAAAAAAAAAAGGCAGAGACAACAGCUGGCUGUCAGCAGCGGAGCAGAGAGGAGCCGAGCGAGCAGCGAGGGGAGAGAUGACGUGAAAGUUUAAGAAGACGAAGGAAAAACAAGAGGAGAAGCAGAGCUCGCGGUCGGGAAGCAGAAAUCCCAAAGCAGAGAGUCCUUGAAGCAGCAGAAAGUGCAGUGAAUCAGAAAAACAUUUGCUUCCUCACGCGUAGAUUGGAGACUGCACCACCACCACCAUCAAACUUUGUCCCUGAUGUAAUUCAGACCAAGAGCCAAGAACAGAAAACAAAUCAUUUCACCUCUGCCUCUUUCACCAUCUCUUAGAAUGGAAACAAAAUUGAAAACCUGUUGACACAGAAUCCUGCAGCACUAAGGAUAAAGCCGCCGUUUCUGGAGAAGCUCACUUGGGCAUAAAGCCUGGAGAGGUUGUGACAGAAUGUCUUCUGAAGGCUUUCUGAAGGAAGUUCAAGCCAUUGGUGAGAAGUUUCUCCUUAAGCUCCAGAAACUGCCCAAGGCUGAGCCAGUGGAGAUUGUCAGCUUUUCUGUGGUUCUUCUGUUUAUUGUUACUGUGCUGGUGCUCACGAUCAUUGCCUGCAGUUGCUGCUGCUGCAGCUGCUGUGGCUGUGAUGGACGCCCUGAUCCCAGGCGCAAGAAGAGCCAAAUCAGCCCAGCUGCCCAUUCAUGAAGUGACACAACCUGCUAUCGAGGACAUGCAUGGACAUCAUGAUUCAGUGCUAUGGGAAUGACUUUCCACACUAGCCCACUGAAAAUGGCAAUAACAAUAUUAAUUAACAUGACUCAAAGGACCAGAAAUCACAGCAUGGAAUUCCCUCUCUCUGUGACAGCCACUACUGUGACCAGAAAGGUAAAGCUCCUUUACCAUCACUGUGUCCUUCUUCGGGGCCGGGAUGGGGUGGGAGGGCAUGGACACAGAUUGCUGAGAAAAGAGAGAGCUUUCCCAAAGACAGCCCUGCAGCUGGGCCAGCUGAGGAUCCCCCCUGGGACACGGAGCCACGGAGCAAAGCAGAGGCCAUGCACACAGCCACACACGAGGCACUGCCUGCUCUCCUCACCAGAAGGAUGGUACUGGGCAUUAGCAAAACCCACUGACACCACUGGGAGGUCCAAUUGCUCAGGUCAUCGUGGAUCAAGGCCAAACUUGCUCCAGGAGACAGGUUUAGCUGAGAUAUCUGCUGGAAAGAACAAAUGGUGGACCCUCUCAUCUGGAUGUGCCAGCUGAGGCUCUGAGCACAGCUGGUAACAGCUGCCCCUGGUGUCAUUUCAUUGGUGAUAUGAUGAUGGAAAUUGCCAAAGAAGAAAACAGAUCAUGUGGAAUACUUUUUGUAAAAGAAAGAUGAAGGCAAAAGGGAAAAACUCACCAAUCCUAUGGCUUAUUUUGAUCAUUCUCGGCUCAACAUGCUCCCUCUCCACCCCCCUGUGGUUCCUACUCUUCUGCUUAUUGCAGAUGAAUGGUUCUUGCAGAGCAUGGGGGCUCCAGGAGAUGAACAAAUUCCAAUCCUUACUUGAGGGAUCUGUGUGUCUGACUCCCUGCACUGUGUGCAGUUUAUUUUAGUAGACAUGAACAUGAUGCCAAGGGUGUGUUUAUGAGCAAGCACAGAGGCAUUUUAGAGGAGUGACACAUGAUGGGAGCCAUCACUUCAGGGUAUGUGCGCAGCAGCUGACAGCGGGCACCAUGACAGAGCAGAGCCAAGAAUGGGCUGUUGGGCUGGAGUUAACAAGUGCAAAUAAAUCCCUUUUCCAUGCUGCAGCCACUGUGUAUGUUUGGUUUACACUCCGGUGAACUUCCGAAAGGGAUUUACCCAUGUGCAAGGCUGUGGCACAGGCCACGGCUUCCACAAGUGGCACAGCACAAGAAGGCUACAAUUCUGCACUAAACUCUUGAACAUUGGUGUGUCAGCUCCAAAUGGGAGACCAACCAUCUUUGUGAGAAGGUAUAAACAAUUACAUGAAUAUAGAGAAGUCACCUUUUGACUCUGUAUCCCAACUAAGUGUAUGUACCAAAGCCAACAUCUAGCUAGGGAGAACAGAAUCAUCAAAUUUUUAACAGUGGGCUUUAAAAUACUCUUUACACUUCAGGAGGUACAGAAAAUAAAGAAAACUCUGUAAAGAAAUGUAUUUUCUCUGUUGCCUGCACCUAUAUUAGUAAAAGGCACAUUACAUCAGCUUCUUUUGCUUUUAAUGCACUUUAUUUUUUGCCAACAAACUGGAUCUAGGUAUUUGGUAUUUUUGUACUGCUGCACAUUGGAAUGUAUCUGCAGCCAGAGACAUAGUGAAUAGUCUAAGAAUUAUAAGAAAAAUAAAGUUCCUGAAACUACCAGUGUUACUUUUAAAUUAAUAAAAAGAAAAACUUUCCAGUAGAAAAUGAGGAUGUUCUUUAGAAAUAAAUAUUUGAGACACAACAGGACAACUGCCAAGAGCAGACUGCACUAGCAUGAGCUACUGCAUGCACAGUUACACUGAGAAAACAUAGAGUAAAAAAAAAAAAAAGAAAAAAAACAGAAAAAAAUUAUUAGUCUAUCCCAAAGCUUUCACUGCCAACCAACAUGUUAGGGGGAAACAAUCUCAAGCAUGGCAUCAGUUUAAACAUUCAGAGGUGCAUCACACCAACCUCCUGUCACGUAAGUCUUUGCUCAUUUCACUCACAAACAAGUGGCAAUCAAAGUGACAUCAGGAGCCUCAGAACCUCUUUUGCAGAGACAGACUCAACAGAUGUUUUUGUAUCUAGAUUAAGUCAUGAGACCCGGGGAAGAACAGAGCUCACUUUCUUUCCAGGCUCGUGCUAGACAGUGCCAGCUGCAGACAUUACCAGCAUCCCAUUGAGGGCUGUUCCAGCAGCACGGAGCCAGCCAGUGCAAUGACAGGGGGAAGCUUGGCAGGCUGGACACACACCAAGGGCUGACAGGUUGCUGUCACUGGGUACAAGCUGUCAGGCCUUAUCUCAACAGGAAAAGCCACAAAUGCAUGUUUCCCAGUGGUGAUACAAGUUAAACCACUGACAGAUACCAGGCAGAGGAACAAGAGAAAUG